AUGCAUUUAUCACUAGUAGAUACUAUUAACAUGGUGGAUGACGGCUGCAGCUCACCAGGCAACUUCCACGAGAUGGUAAAGGGAGCGGUGGUGUCUGUUGGGACCCAUGUCCAUAGCAUUGAUGUGAUCCUGGGCUUCACAAAGGAUCCCGUACCCUUUCUCAAUCCGGGAGUCAGCACUGUACCUCCUGAAGUUAAUGUGGAAAGUCCAGGGGAUACAGGAAAACAACAUCACAUCGUGUACUCCUAUGGCGCUGUGUCUCCGAGAGACAACUCAGAACUGCCUGCUUUUCACGUACCGGAAACAUUUUCUGACACAUGUGAGUCCGAGAGAAGAGAGGUGUGGAAAUUGGCUGAGAGUGACGGGAAAUCUCCAGAGCAGACGGAUGAGGAGCAACCGAAGAAGAAGCACCGACGAAACCGUACCACCUUCACCACAUACCAACUCCAUGAGCUAGAGCGUGCCUUUGAGAAGUCUCACUACCCUGAUGUGUACAGCCGUGAGGAGCUCGCCAUGAAGGUCAAUCUCCCUGAGGUUCGAGUACAGGUAUGGUUCCAGAACCGUCGUGCCAAAUGGAGGCGUCAGGAGAAGAUGGAUGCAAGCACUGUAAAGCUUCAUGACUCACCCGUGCUCUCUUUCAGUCGACCGCCCAUGCACACCAGCAUGAGCCCCAUGAGUAACUCACUGCCCAUGGACCCCUGGCUAGCAUCUCCCCUGACAAACACUACACCAAUGCAUGCUAUUCCAGACCUCAUGGGGCCUGCACAGGGCCUGCAGACUGGAUAUCAGAGCCACGGCUUCCUGAACCCCUCUCAGGUCAUGAACCAAAGUGUGCAGCCCAUGGCACCCCCGUCAUAUCAGUGCCCGCCGGUGUUUACUGAUAAAUUCCCCCUGGAGGAAGUUGACCAAUGCAGCUUCAGCAUCGCCGCUCUGAGGAUGAAAGCCAAGGAACAUAUUCAAUCUAUGGACAAAACAUGGCAGCCCAUGUGA